UCUUUUGAACACAAACACUGGAUCAAUACUGCCGUUUGGUGGCCGUUUGGAGUAAUACAAGUAUCAGCUUGCAGUCUGAUCUAUUUAUAACUUUUGAGUGUUGAAGUUAGAGCAACAAUCUUGUGACUGCGACCACAUAUGAAGGGCGUUUAAUUUGGUGUUCUGCUUCUGAUAUUCGACUUAGAAGGACUGUAAGGCUGAUUUGAAAUGAUGGGAAUUAUUACUUGAACUCUGCGUGGACCCCUCUGAGUCCAGUGAGGGAUUAAAGGCACCAUGUCAAAGGAAACAUUUCCCUUCUCUUCUACCUCACUGCGGCAUAUGAGGCUGGAGAAAGAGUUCCAGGAGUGGGAAGAUGCUCGGCAAGAGUUGGCUCACAGGAGAGCCAUGACCAGGGCCCCUCUUCCCCGGGCUCCCAGACCUCCUCCAAAACAGCAGGGGCAGCGCCUCCAGGAGGUACGGGCCCCUCCACCUCAGGUCCGGUGCAGAGACACAGCCAUUCACAACACCUUCAUGUGUGGGGAUAUGAAGGGAGUGUAUGCAGUGCUGCGGGACCCUGGGAUGGUGAACGCUCUGAUGGAAACUGUGCACGAGGAGAUGGUGUGGGCUCCAGAACUGGGCAUGUGGACUCUCAGCUCCAAGGUCAAGCAAACGUCAGCGCUCCGCCUGGCUGCCAGCAGAGGACACACAGGGUGCGUGGAGGAGCUGCUGUUCAGGGAUGCCGAGGUGAACGCAGACCCCGGGGGAAGCACGGCCCUCCAUGAUGCCUGCAUAGGAGGCCAUACGGUCUGUGUCCAGCUGCUGCUGUCUCAUGGAGCAGAUCCUGAGGUGCUGUCAGCAGAUGGCAGCGCUCCACUACACCUCAGCACCACUGCCCAGUCAUUCCAGUGUGCUGAGCUGCUGUUACAGAAAGGUGCAGAGAUCAACGUGAGGUCGAGGGAGUCCAGACUCACACCGCUGCACCUCGCUGCUCGGCGAGGCCUGGAGGAGCACGUGGAGCUCUUCCUCAACCACGGAGCCGACGUGUUGGCCACGAAUCAGGAGGGAGAGACCCCCCUGAAUGCUGCUUGCUCUGGCGCUGAGAGGCCCUCUGAGGCGGGCCAGUAUUUACGUGUGAUUCAAAACCUGCUGGGUGCAGGAGCUGACCCCAGGACUGCGGGGAAGAAGAAGCACACGCCCCUGCACAAUGCUUGUGCAAAUUGCUGCCCACGGGUUGCAGAGAUCCUGCUGCAGCAUGGAGCCUGGGCAGAUGUGUCCAACAGUGCAGGAUACACACCAAUGGACUGUUUGUUGCAGGUGGUUGAAGAUUACCCGGACCAGCAACCAGAAGCAAUAGCACAGUCACUUCUUAAUCAUGGAGCAAAGCCAGUUUCACCAACGAUGCUAAAACAGUGCGUCCUCUCUCCUGCCACUCUGGAGGUGAUGUUGAACUCGUACACAUCCAUCCCUCCCUGUGAGUGGAUGGAUUCUCUGUGCACCGAGAUAUAUGAGGAGCAUCGCUCGUUCUUCGACUUGGUGCGCCAGCAGAGCGGUCAGCCACGCUCUCUGCAGCAUCUCUGUCGUUGUGUACUGCGUCUGAACUUUGGAGCACGGUGUCACUCAGUGAUCAGUAAACUGGACAUUCCCAGCUCAGUGAGGGGUUACCUCCUGCUGUGUAGCGACGGGACGCUCCAGUGA